AUGGGAGCCACCAUCAUGACUCCUCCUUUAGAGCCCUCAUCGCCCCUAGACGGUGGCAUUCGAAAACGAUGCGACGGAGCCAGCCCUUGCAGUCGAUGUAAAGCAGACAACGCCAUUUGCGUAUUUGGCGAGCGCAAAAAGUCCCACGACAAAGUAUAUCCCAAAGGCUACGUAGAAAUGCUCGAGAGCCAACAGGCACAACUCGUCGCCGGCCUACAAGAGUUGUACAAACGAGUACAGAACGGCCACGGGUGGCCGGGCUCGGCGCUCAAGGAGACCAGCAGUGGUUCACCGUUGACGCAUGACAUCCUGGAGAGGUUGGGUGCGCUCAAGCAAGACGGCAACGCCACGCACGACACGUUCGAGGAGGACCUCAACACGUUACAACAGAGACUGAUCGCCGACGGGGCGGGCUUCAUGCAACGGCAACCCUCGCACGAUUCGCACACCGACAGCAGUGCGCCGUCGCCCAUAUACGAGCCUGUGGUGGCUCACCACCACCACAACCACCACCGACCCAACUUUUCGAACCCGUUCAACCUCAACCAGUUACCCCCGACGCCUCCCAACCAGAGCCCUUACCCUCAGAAUGCACGAGCCGUGCCCGCACAGCAGCAGCAGAAGCAGCAGCAGCCUACAAAGUCACACACCUACCCGCACGCCGCCAACAUGCACUCGAACCUGAGCAGCUGGACUACACCCAUGUCCGAGUUUGACGAUUCGAUGGACUUCAUCACCCAGUUCGACUCGCCCAUGGUCGAGUCGUCGUCGAUCGACCUGUCUUCAUUUGUCCCACCCAACAUGUUCCAGGAUCAACAGAUGAUGCCCGCCGCCAUCAACCCUUGUCUGACGAUGAAGGACUGGCCCAGUCAAGAAGAUUUUCAACGAUACUUUAACCCCACCAUGCUGGCAUGA